GAGCACGAUGGCGGACCCGAAGCCUCGCCUGAACCCGAUGGAGCUCAAGCGACAACGCUUGGCCAAGCGGCUCAAGGCCGAGCCGCUCGUGCCAACCCCGACGGCCGAGAAGCCGCUGCCAACCACGACGCCCGAGAAGCCGCUGCCAGCCGCGGCCGUCGCCGAUUCGCCGGCGAUGGACAUCGAGGCGCGCAUGAAGUCGAUCUACGCCAAGACGCGCAUCGAACCCAGCGCUCUUCGCAACACGUUGGGCGUUCAGUACCCCACGACACUCGAGACGCGCGACGAGCUUCCAUGGGACUGGACGCUCAAGACGAAGCUCUCGUGUAUGACGUCAUUUCCAUUCCCGCCACGGGUUCGCGCAGCGGGCGCUGCCCGGUCGUUUGAGCGCUUCCACAACGGAGCCAACAGCGACGAGAACAUGCGUCCCGACGAGCGCUGGUACGCGGGGCUGCAUCAAUACGUCCACCCGGCGUCGGGCUUGCCCAACCAAGCCGAGGGCGGCCACGACGACGACUUUGUGAGCCAGCGACUGCGCGACUGGCAGGACGCGUUCCGGAGUCUCUACUACGCCUUUCACCACACUCCGACGCACCGGUCGUUCUACCUCGUCACGCCGCAGUUUGUCGUCUGUUUUUAUCGACAAGUGCCAUCAAGAGACACAACGACCAACUCGUUCCGGGCCUCCUACGCGCUACCACCGGCGCCGUCGCCUGUCGCGAGCAGCAGUCCCCAAGGCGUCCGUCACGGUAUCGCCGCGGUCAUUUCCCACUCGACGUCGUCGUUUCGGCGCGAAUUAGUCGCCAACGGCAUUGUGUUUUCGACGCCGUUCAGCCGCACCGACGGCCACGCCCAAGUGCAAGGCGAUGCAGCGCUUCUCAAGGAGCUGCAUGCGCUCAGCAAGGUCGAUGCCGAGCUCAAACGUGCUACGUUCACGUCGCCGACGCCUUCGUCGUCACGGGCGUCGCAGUCAUCGACCAAUGGGAAAGCCAUGCGCGGCGCCGACUCGCUCCUGCUCUUCCACGACCCGGACAACGUUCACGGCCUGUACGACUUUCUGCUCAACCAGCAACCCACCGGUGCACUGGACGUCCCGACCAUCUAUGCAGCGAUGCCAUUCCAGCACGCCAGCGCCGUGCCUCUCAAAGUAACGUCCCGUGGCAGCGUCAAGUCGGCCCAGUCGCCCACCGAGCGCUACAAGAUCGAGGUUGAUGGCGUGCUGCUGCCCGAGACCCAUCGGCGCCUCACGCUGGCGAUCGCCGCCGCCGCGGGCUCGGAUGGCACGGUGGACGUGCACCACGAGACCUUUCCCGCAUCCUCGCGGCUCAACGUCUGUGGGUUUGAUUUGGACGUUCAAAAUCUGGCGAUUUGGCUCGAGACGCAUGGCGACGAGAUCGAGCUCACCAAGCGGCAUCUCCAGAGCGUCCACUACGCGCCCGAUACUGGGUUCACCUGCAAUGUUCAGAAAUCCUAA